AUGCGAUUCUCCAACUUCCUCCUGCCCCUCGUCGCGGCUGCUCCUAUGGCCUUGGCUGUCGCCGCCCCGGAGCCUAACCCUGUCGCUGCGCCUGCGCCUGCGUCUACUGGCGGCUUGCUCAGCACCCUCACUGAUCUGGAGGGACUCUUGACCGAGACAAACCUCAACAACCUGCAAAUUAUCAUUACCAACGCCGCCAAGGUUCUCUCCGAUGACAAUACAAAGACACUGCAGACUAUUCUGACCAAUGCUGGUGAUCUGUUGACCAAGGAAUUUGUGGAUAAUACCACAACGCUGAUUGGGGAUGCUACACCGCUUAUUGAGGAUGUCUCGAAACUUCUUGGUUCUCUACUUGGAUCUCUAUAA